UAGUUCGCUACAGAAACGUGACGAAUUCCUCCGAAAAUUCCGCAGUUUCAAAAGCGAAGCGACGGCGAUCCCCAAACGUGGGGAAGGGACGGGACGAGAGGAGAGGAGGGAGAAGCGAAUCGAACCUGGAAAAGCGAGGGCGCCCGCUAGUUUAAUCGCGUACGCAUGGCCAAAGCAAAUGCCUUCUUCCCCUUCCUCGCUCUCCAUUCUGUUUCGUGUGUCGUUUGACGAAAUCUCGCGUCCAUGUGGGAGGUUUUGACUUGAUCCAACCAAGAACGCGCCUUUGAGCCGUAUAAUACUGCCGGUUUCGAAGUCCGGUCGUGGUUUACUUCCAUCAUUUGGUUUACUUCCUGCCACUCGCAUCAUCGGGGCUGCUUGAGUUGAAGUUGGAGUUGGCAAUGACCAGGGACGAGGCGACUAUUUGAUCUGAGUGCGUGAGAGUUCUUGCUGCUUUGGUGCCUGGAUUGGUCGGAUUGGAGAGCGGCGGUAUCUUGGCCGAUUUCUUGGGGUGGCCACUGUUCUUCUGAAUUUCUGAUGUGGGAUAUCGCUUAGGAUUGGAAAAGGAGCGAUCUUGUGAUCGAUUUCUGCUCCUCCUGGUGAUUCUUGUUCUCUUUCAACUUGGGGAUUGGGGAGUUUUCCGGUCGGGCUGAGUUGAGCGGAGAUGAGGCUGACUGUUCGUGUGAUCGGAGCCCGCAACCUACGGGCCAUGGAUUCCAACGGGUUCAGUGAUCCGUACGUGAAGCUGCAGCUCGGGAAACAGCGAUUCAAGACCAAGGUGAUCAAGAUGAACCUGAACCCGACUUGGGAUCAGGAGUUCAGUUUCCUCGUCGGUGAUGUCAGAGAUGUGCUCAAGUUCUACGUCUAUGACGCGGACAUGCUCGGGAUCGAUGACUUCCUGGGGCUGGUGAGGGUGCCGAUAGAGGAUGCGCUGGCUGCCGAGAACUUCUCGCUUGCUACCCGGUGGUACCAGCUUCUUCCGAAGGGCAAAACCGACAAGGCAGUCGAUUGUGGUGAAAUUUGUGUCUCAAUAUCUUUAGAAACAGCUGGAGCCACACGAUCAUGGUCUGAUGAUCUUGCUACUGAAUUAACUGAUAUACAGAGAAACUAUUCAUUGUCAAGUCAAAGCACAGGAGUAUCUAUUGCAUCAGCUUAUAACAAAAGUGAAUCUUCUAAAGAAGAUAAUAUCAGUGGGUAUUUUGAUGGAGAUGAAGUCCCUGCAGAGGAUAAAUGUAGUGAAGGUACAGGUACUGACAGAAAUCUAGCUGCUGCAGAGGACACAUCUAAUGGGAUUCCUAAUGCAACUUUGAAUGGAACUGAAACCUCUAAAACAUAUAAGCCAUCAUUUGUUGAUCGUGUCUGUCAAAUAUUUGCUAGAAAAAAUGGUGAUUCAGUACCAACAUCCUUAGUAACCACUGAGCCUUCCAAAGAAGUUCAAGAAGAACCAACCGUAUCUGAGGAUCCUGUAAGCCAACACAAUAGUGUGUGUCCAGAGACUCCAUUUGAUGAACUACUGAAAUCUUUUGAAUCGAGGCAUGAAGGAGUCGAAAUGCCUGUAAAUUUACAAGGAAUUCUUAUUAAUCAGUCAUAUAUUGCCUCACCUAGUGAUCUGAAUAACCUUCUCUUCUCACCAGAUUCAAAUUUUCGACAAACAGUGGUCGAGCUCCAAGGUUGUACUGAUUUCAAAACUGAACCCUGGAGAGUUGAUAAUGAUGGGGAGUCCUUGAAGAGAGUGAUAACUUAUACAACUGCACCUUCGAAAUUGGUUAAAGCCGUUCGAGCAACAGAGGAGCAAUCUUAUUUGAAGGCUGAUGGAAAAGAGUAUUCAGUUUUAUUAAGUGUUAGCACCCCUGAUGUUCCUUGUGGUACUUAUUUUCGGACAGAAAUUCUUUUCCGUAUUAUGCCAGGUCCUGAACUUGACUCUGAGCAACAGACAUCACACUUGGUAAUUUCUUGGCGCAUGAAUUUUUUUCAGAGUACUAUGUUGAAGGGUAUGAUAGAAAAUGGAGCAAGACAAGGCUUGGAGCAAAAUUAUGCACAGUUUUCGGAUUUACUAUCACAGAAGGUCAAGCCUGUUGAUGUCGAAGAUGCUGGGUCUGACAAGGAACAGAUCUUAGCUUCGUUGCAAGGGGGGCAGGAAUCUGAUUGGAAGAUAGCAUUUCUGUACUUCUGCAACUUAGGUGUCUUGUCCUCUAUUUUUGUGGUUCUCUAUGUUACUCUGCAUGUUUUACGAGUGAAUUCAAGUGUAGUUCAAGGGUUCGAGUUUCCUGGAUUAGAUCUGCCAGAUUCUCUCAGUGAGAUUAUCGUGGGUGGGCUGUUGUUUCUUCAAGUACAGCACAUAUUUAAGAAAAUUACGUGCUUUGUUCAGGCAAGGGACCAAAAAGUUGGUGACCAUGGUGUGAAAGCACAAGGUGAUGGAUGGUUGUUAACGGUUGCUUUAAUUGAGGGAUCCAAAUUGGCUCCAGUUGAUGCUACUGGAUUCUCUGAUCCUUAUGUGGUAUUUACUUGCAACGGUAAAACAAAAACAAGUUCAAUUAAGUUCCAAACAUUGGAACCUCAGUGGAAUGAAAUCUUUGAAUUUGAUGCCAUGGAGGAUCCUCCAUCAGUGAUGAACGUACAUGUAUAUGAUUUUGAUGGACCGUUUGACGAAGUUACCUCCCUUGGACAUGCUGAAAUUAACUUUGUAAAAUCAAACUUGUCAGAGUUAGCUGAUGUAUGGAUUCCUCUCCAGGGUAACUUGGCUCAGUCUUGGCAGUCAAAGUUACAUCUAAGAAUUUUUUUGAACAACUCAAAGGGCACUGGUAUGGUCACUGAAUAUCUGAGCAAAAUGGAGAAAGAGGUUGGUAAGAAGAUGACGUUGAGGUCUCCUCGGACGAAUACUGCAUUCCAGGAGCUCUUCUGUCUGCCAGCAGAAGAAUUUCUCAUCAACAGUUUUACCUGCUACUUGAAGCGGAAAUUGCAUGCACAGGGUCAUCUUUUCUUAUCACCAAGAACAAUUGGAUUUUAUUCAAGCAUGUUUGGGCGGAAAACAAAAUUUUUCUUUCUAUGGGAGGAUAUUGAAGACAUACAAGCAAUACCUCAAUCACUAUCAUCAUGGAGUCCAUCCAUUGUAAUAACUCUUCACAAAGGUAGAGGCAUGGAUGCAAAGCAUGGAGCAAAGAGCAUGGAGAAUGGAAAGCUUAGGUUUCAUCUGCAGUCUUUUGCAUCAUUUAGUGUUGCUAAUAGAACAAUAAUGGCAUUAUGGAAAGCAAGAUCUUUGAGCACAGAGUUCAAAGUACAAAUUGCUGAAGAACAGUCCCAAACUUGCACCAUUCAGAGUGAGGAUAGUGGAAUUUUUGUUGGCGUUGAGGAUUCCAAGAGCCUUCAGAUGACUGAGGUUUUCUCCUCAACCAUUUCUACCAAUAUGGCCUCGCUUAUGGAGGUGUUUGAUGGAGGUUCUUUGGAAAUGAAAGUAAUGGAUAAAGUUGGAUGCCUCAAUUACUCUGCUACACAGUGGGAAUCAGAUAAACCUGAUGAAUACCAAAGACAAAUUCAUUACAAAUUUAGCAAGAAGUUGUCUCCUGUUGGAGGAGAAGCGACAGGAACUCAGCUGAAAUCUCCUAUGCCCAAUAAGAAAGGAUGGAUAAUUGAAGAGGUGAUGGAACUCCAAGGAGUCUUUCUUGGUGACUUCUUUACGCUUCAUAUAAAGUACCAAAUCGAGGACCUUGCGCCUAAACAAAAGGUAUGCAAUGUUCAAGUCUCUCUUGGAAUUGAAUGGUCAAAGACCACCCAGCAUCGGAAGCGAAUCGAGAAGAAUGUUCUUUCCAGUUCAUCGGCUCGCCUGAAGGAGAUGUUCAACCUAUCAUCAAGGGAGCUCUCACAUGUCAGAUAGGAGCAUUGACGUCUUACCAUCCCUGUGCAUAAUACUGAAUGACUGAACCUAACCACCGGUACGACCCCCCCCCCGGGUACAUACAUUGUUUGGCUGAAGAUACGCACGGACAACAAUGGAUUCUGAUUCAUGUGUUCGAAUAAUGUGGUUGUGGACCACUGUGGUUGAAUUUUUGGUGAAACUCAGGGUGCCCAUCCUCAGGUUUGUUGUACCUGAUCAAGUAUGGCUGAAAUUUGCAGAUAUUGCAGCAUUUGGAUGCCACAGAAGGGCUAUUAGCAUAAGCAUGAACUUGGAUUGCACACAGUAGGAUAGCUCAAUAGACAAUAGAUGUAUGUUUUCCUUGUUGUAUUGAGUUAGUUGGAUUAAUUGCUCACAUAUUGAGCUGUACAAAAGCAAGAAUAAGUUAUCAAAAAAAGUUCUGAAGUUUACAGACAGGGAA